CAAAGCCAUUGUAGAUAUCACGCAAUACAAAGCAUCUUGCAAACCUAAUCUCCAUCUCAGAUUUGUGCUUUUCACCUCUAGAAAGAAUCAAUGGCGCCCAAGGCAGAGAAGAAGCCCGCGGAGAAGAAACCAGCCUCCGAGAAGCCGGCGGAGGAGAAAUCGAAAGCCGAGAAAGCUCCGGCGGAGAAGAAACCCAAGGCCGGGAAGAAGCUCCCCAAGGAGGCCGGCGCAGGCGGUGACAAGAAGAAGAAGAUGAAGAAGAAGAGCGUCGAGACUUACAAGAUCUACAUCUUCAAGGUCCUGAAGCAGGUUCACCCCGACAUCGGAAUCUCCAGCAAAGCGAUGGGGAUCAUGAACAGCUUCAUCAACGACAUCUUCGAGAAGCUCGCUGGUGAGAGUUCCAAGCUUGCGAGGUACAACAAGAAACCUACCAUCACUUCCCGGGAGAUUCAGACUGCGGUGAGGCUUGUGUUGCCUGGAGAGUUGGCGAAACACGCUGUCUCGGAGGGAACCAAGGCCGUCACGAAGUUCACGAGCUCUUGAGCUAUGAGUUAGGGUUUUCUCUUUGUUUCGAAUGUCUUAAUUAGAUAAAUGCCAAUGUUUGUUUUCUCAGUUUUCUCGUUUUGUAAGUAUCGCUAUUGAUAUGUUUGGAAUCCUUGUCAUCUCUUUUGUGUCUUUAAUCCUAUGAGUUGCGAUUUGAAUC